CAACAUGGCGGAAUAGGAACGGUGGCCGACGCGCCCGGAUACGGCGAAAACAGUGAGAUCGUGAGAAGAGUGCGCUUCGAACAAACCAGGAGAGGCAUCUCAGCGGUCCGGAGCACGUAUAUGCUAUUGGGUAUUUUGGGGGGUAUCUUGGUGACUUGAUUACUUUGGUUGAAAAGGGUUGUGAUCCGUUGCCCGUCUCCAAAUUGGCUGUCUCUCCCGGAUCAUUCCAAUCACCCCAGCUCCCCCCCCCCAACCCACCCCGCACACACUCUCGGUUCCUGGGGUGUGGAGACAGGGGUUGGGGAAGAGUGAGUGGAGACAGAGAAAAUAAGCACAAGUGCCACUAAUAAAGGGAUUACUGAGAGCUGCAUCCCGCGAAACUGGAGUCGUGGGGACGAGGAGCUCGCUGUGCGAAUGAGUGACUGAUGUCAACGUCGCCUCUCAAGGGCAGUAUGGGUUUCUGUCCCCGGCUCCUGCUGCUCAGUGUGGCCCUUGGGGCCCUCUGUCCACGCCAGGGAGCUGCAACCCCCACCCCCGGUGCCCCUGUCCUUACCACCCAGCCCCCCAUCCCACCCACAACAGCUCCUCCCAACGACACCCAGACAACCACCCCCACCGCAGCGGUAACCCCGACAACAGUGCUCCCACCUGCCGUCGUCCCGACGACGCCUUCCGACAAAGCCGUUACAGGAGCCCCGGCGCCAACUACAGAAGGCCCCUCCCUUUCCCCCAUGUUGACCGAUAAGCCCGACCCCCCGGCAACCACCGAGCCGCCCCCGGUCGCCACGACGGCCACCGAGGGUGGGGAGGGAGGGGAGAACGUCACCACGCCCACCCCGCCACCUCCCGUACCCCCUGCUCCCUCGACCGAAGCCCCGCCCGAACCCGAGUUCACCACAACUCCCCCUGCUGACUACACCUCAACGAGCAGCAGUACAACAGCAGGUGGGAGCGAUGGAUCAGAUGACACUCCCAUCAUCGCGGUGAUGGUGGCCCUGUCCUCCCUGCUGGUCAUCGUCUUCAUCAUCAUCGUGCUCUACAUGCUGAGGUUUAAGAAGUACAAGCAGGCUGGCAGUCACUCCAACUCAUUCAGACUGACCAAUGGCAGAGCCGAUGACACAGAGCUCCAGAGCGUGCCGCUAUUGGCUCGCUCUCCCAGCACCAACAGGAAGUACCCGCCCAUUCCUGUGGACAAGCUGGAGGAGGAGAUGAACCGGCGCAUGGCGGACGACAACAAGCUCUUCCGGGAGGAAUUCAAUGCUCUGCCAGUGUGUCCUAUUCAGGCGUCAUGUGAUGCAGCAUCAAAGGAGGAGAACAAGGAGAAGAACAGAUACGUCAACAUCCUUCCCUACGACCAUUCGAGAGUGCACCUCUCUUCACUGGACGGGGUCCCAGACUCUGACUUCAUCAACGCCUCCUACAUCAACGGCUACCAAGAGAAGAACAAGUUCAUCGCAGCCCAGGGGCCAAAGGAGGAGACGGUGAACGACUUCUGGAGGAUGAUCUGGGAGCAGAACACCGCCACCAUCGUCAUGGUGACCAAUCUGAAGGAGAGGAAGGAGUGUAAGUGUGCCCAGUACUGGCCAGACCAGGGCUGCUGGACCUACGGAAACAUCCGGGUCUCUGUGGAGGACGUGACGGUGCUGGUGGACUACACCAUCCGCAAGUUCUGCAUCCAGCAGGUGGGCGACGUUUCGGGGAAGAAGCCCCAGCGCCUGGUGACGCAGUUCCACUUCACCAGCUGGCCCGAUUUCGGGGUCCCCUUCACCCCCAUCGGCAUGCUCAAGUUCCUCAAGAAGGUGAAGACCUGCAACCCGCAGUACGCCGGGCCCAUUGUGGUCCACUGCAGCGCUGGUGUGGGCCGUACAGGGACCUUCAUAGUCAUUGACGCCAUGUUGGACAUGAUGGGUGCUGAGAGGAAGGUGGACGUCUUCGGCUUCGUCACACGAAUCCGAGCUCAGCGCUGCCAGAUGGUGCAGACCGAUAUGCAGUAUGUGUUCAUCUUCCAAGCCAUGCUGGAGCACUACCUGUACGGAGACACAGAGCUGGAGGUGACAUCACUGGAGUCUCACCUGGCCAAGCUCUACUCCCCCUCUCCGGGGGCGGGCUGUGGGGGACUGGAGGCGGAGUUUAAGAAGCUGACCUCCAUCAAGAUCCAGAAUGACAAGAUGAGGACGGGGAACCUGCCGGCCAACAUGAAGAAGAACCGGGUUCUGCAGAUCAUCCCCUAUGAGUUUAACAGGGUGAUCAUCCCGGUCAAGAGGGGCGAAGAGAACACGGAUUACGUGAACGCCUCCUUCAUAGAUGGCUACAGGCAGAAGGACUCGUACAUGGCCAGCCAAGGUCCCCUGCAGCACACCAUCGAGGACUUCUGGAGGAUGAUCUGGGAGUGGCGGAGCUGCUCCAUCGUCAUGCUGACGGAGCUGGAGGAGAGGGGACAGGAGAAAUGUGCCCAGUACUGGCCCAGCGAUGGCACCCUGGUGUGUGGGGACAUGUCCAUCGAACUGAAGAGGGAGGAGGAGUGCGAGAGCUACACUGUCAGAGACCUCCUCGUAACCAACAACAGGGAGAACAAGUCUCGUGCCGUGCGGCAGUUCCACUUCCACGGCUGGCCGGAGGUGGGCAUCCCGGCGGACGGCAAGGGCAUGAUCAACAUCAUCGCUGCUGUGCAGAAGCAACAACAGCAGUCUGGCAACCACCCCAUCACUGUACACUGCAGCGCGGGGGCGGGGCGGACCGGGACCUUCUGCGCCCUGAGCACGGUGCUGGAGAGGGUGAAGGCCGAGGGCAUCCUGGACGUGUUCCAGACGGUCAAGAGCCUACGACUGCAGAGACCACACAUGGUGCAGACACUGGAGCAGUACGAGUUCUGUUACAAAGUGGUCCAGGAGUACAUUGAUGCCUUUUCCGACUACGCCAACUUUAAGUAGGGGGUCGGACUGACAGAAGGACGGACGGACGCACGCACACACAACAACCAACUCGGCGGGGCUGGAGCGGGCGAGUGGGCGGGCGAACCGACCCGACCUGAGUGGAGGGAAAGGGAACGAGGGGGGGGACAGACGGACAGACGGACGGAGAGGCGCGCGCCGAGGAGAAUAUCAAAGAUGCCUUCUUGAAUAUUUUGUAAUAUUGACCUUGUUAAUACAGACCUUUCCCCUGCUUGCCCCUAGUGUAAAUACAUUGACCCUACUUGAGUUUUCUUUUUUUUUUUGAUGCAGUUGUUUUCAGUCAGGCUGCAGUUUAGGUGGA